UCUUCAUCAAGGAUAUGCUUUGGUUCCAGUGAUGACAGUUUAUCUUGGUGAAGCAGCAAACUUUACAUGUGAUUUGCCGGGUAAUCAUGAUAGUAGUGGUGAACAUUUCUGGUACAAGCAAACAACAGGAGAUACUCUGGAAGUAAUUGUGAAGUUUGUGAAUUAUGCAAACCCACAGUAUGGAACACAUUAUUCUGAUUCAAGAAUAAAAAGUGUAAUUACUGACAAAAUGAGCAUCCUCACUAUUUUAGACACAGCUAUAGAAGAUGAAGGAAUGUAUCAUUGCGUUUUCACCGACUGGCAAACAAACAUUUGGCAUGGGACCUAUCUAUUAAUAAAAGGAAACACUGCAGGGACAUCAAACUACAAAGUAUUUCAGAAGCUGAUGGAACCAGAUUCUCUUCAUCCACAGGAUUAUGUGACUCUACAGUGUUCAGUCCUCUCAGACUUUGAGAGCAAGACAUGUUCAGAAGAAUUUAGUGUUUUCUGGUUCAGAUCAGAUAAGUCUCCACCAGAUAUCAUCUACACUGAGGGAUACAGAACCAACACAUGUCAGAAAAAAAUCGACCAUCGAACUAGAUGUGUAUAUAACUUCUCUAAGGACAUCAGAUCCUCCGAUGUUGGAACCUAUUACUGUGCUGUGGCCACAUGUGGAGAGAUACUAUUUGGAGUUGCAACCAAGCCAGAAGUUGUGACAGACCCAGUAUCACCUUUACUUCUUAUUGCUGUAUCCUGUUUGAUUAUUUCUUUGAUUGCAAAUAUUGUUUUGAUCCGUCUCAAAACUCCAACAGCAGCAUGUAAACAAUUUAAAGAGAUAGAAGGGACAUCUUUAGAAGAAAAAUCAAGGAACUUCAGUGAGCAAGGUGAUCAGACUAAUGAUGACGAGCAGAACCUGAACUAUGCAGCAUUACACUUCUCUGCUGGUAAAGGUAGAAGAGGAAAGAAAAUGAAUGGGGCUGAGGACUGUGUUUAUUCACAUAUUAAACUGUAAAAUCUGCAUACCUGAUAUACAUGUGUGACAUGUUUUAUAGAUCUACACUGAAAAUAACGGUGAAUUCAUUCAUUACUUUCUACUUGUAUAAUUCAGUCUAAAAGACCAGCUUUUGUUAUGUUACCUGCGUAAAAUAAAGUUGUAACAGCAAUAUUACCAAUAAACUAGCAACUGCUGAU